AAUAACAAGUUAUCCGAUUUAACAGACAGCAUGGCACCAAAUCUACCAAUUUGCGGAAUUCCACCAGUUCCGGUGGGAAUGAACGCUAGACAGCCAAAUAUCCCGGAAUUGUACCGGACCCUAAAGGUGUGCCUUAAAUAUGUGGAGGAUGGUUGCAACGCAUUCUCACAUGUGAUCUGCUCCCUCGACGAGAUUAACUUCAUAUUCCUUCUUCGCGACAACCGCCUGAGCGAGCCGGAGCUGGCCCGCCUUCUUCCGAUGCUAGGUCAGCGAUUGAAGCAUCUGCGUAUUCAGUUGGAUGACAUCGGGAUCCUCGCCAACAUCUGUCGGGCUUUCAGAGUUCGCUGCCUGGCCGGAGUGGAAAAAUGCACUAUUUUACCAGGACGAGAGGAGCGAAACAGGUCGGCGAUCGUAAUGCUGGGCAGGCUGGUUCCCUAUGUCAAGACGCUUUUCGUCGGCGCUACCAUCAAUAGUCACUUCCCAAUCCUGCGACACCUUGAGGCUGUUUAUGUGGAAAAAAUAGGCCAAGUUGGUCUCGAUGACUUGUUCAGCAACUCGCCCGCGCUGGUUAAGUUUACUAUGAAGCAAGGUUACCCGGACAUUAAUACAAUUCGAAGGAGCCGGCGACUGAUGAAGGUUAUCCUGCCCCUGCAGCUGCGCUCGCCCCUGACCAUUCAUCAUCUGAAAAAUCUCACUGAUAUAUCGAUGGUGCGCCCGAGUAUGUGGCCAGGAAUGGACUGGCUGCCCACCGUGCUUGCCGUCAUCCACGCCAAGCGCUACCAGCUUACUCGUCUCACCUUUGACGGCUCCUGGCUGGUAUGCCCCCUAGAUUUUUCGCGGCUCCGACUGCUCAAUUGCACUGCGCUGGUUGAGGUCCGAUUCAGCAACUGUAUGCUCAAGGAUGUGAUCGUGCCAGCCUUGCCUCUCUGCUGCAAGACCAUCAUCUUACGCGGCUGCACCGUGCGCAGAUUAAAUUCGCUCCUUAAGUUUAAUCCCCUGGUACGCGAUUUGCAGAUUAUCAAUACCCAGGUGCAGUGGAAUGUCCCUGUCCUGAAACGCCUCCUUACAAUGAGGAAGUACCAGCCAUCGAAGGAACCACUCAAAGUCACGUUUUGUCAGUCUGCGAAGCUGCGAUCGGAGUACAAGAAGUGGAAGAAAGAGGACCUGGUCGAAGCCAAGCCGUUUCUUCAAGUAAAGGAGAUUCAGCCCUACCAGGUGCAGCCCUGGGAGAAUGAGAUCGGCAUGAUCUCCAUGACUUUUGGCAUGCCUGUAAAUUAUGUUCCCGAAAUUCCAAUUCUGGUGGAGGGUGAUCCCACUGCUGCAGAAAUAGUUCGCGAUCUAAACUUUGAGUCAUAA